AUGAUGCAUCUCGGUCGAGUUGGUUACAAUGUGACAAUAUCUGCUCUCCAUAUGUAUGUCUAUGUACUGGAAAUGGUACGAUAUAAACUUGUAGAAAACGUUGGUGUACUUGAUGUUAAUUCUGAUUCACGAUAUUUAACAACAACAUCUGACUUAUCGUUAAAAAACAUGCCUAAAAAUGAUGGUUCUGUUGUUGAUAGUGGAACAUUACGAAUUGUACUAGGAGAUGGACGUUACGAUUAUCAAGAAACUGAUCAAUAUGAUUUUAUUCAUGUUGGAACUGUCGCCUCAGAUCGUCCUAUAGAAAAUCAAACAAUGAUGAUCUAUGAAAAAUUAUCGGAUGGUCGUGAAGGACAUGAACAAGCAACAUUAGGUGGUACGAUAUGUAACAUUGACAGAUAA